AAAUCAUUAAACACCUGCCAGGAUGCUCAUAAUACCUGUGUUGCAACUCCAGAUGAACACGGUGCUGUUAUUCGCAUAGCCUUACCGAGCCGGCCAGUAUCGUUCCCUGACAAGCCUUGGAUAUAGGUGGGACGGAAGAAUCAAUCAGUGGUUGUCAGAUAUUGGACUUUUGGUUCGAUUAUCUUCUCUGGAGCAUACCACGAGACUCAAGAUCUCAAAUUGCUCAGAAUGGAAACCCUGCCGUGCUUUGUGAUUGGUCACCAUGAUCCCAAGAGAGCAUUGCCAGUCACGGCUGAAACGAUACAAGCCGCCCAUACUGCCAAUUAUGAUAUGGUGACUAGUCCCAUCACUACACCACAUUUUCAUUCACGGGUCUUGACGCUUCUUUCCACAUCCCUUUCACAACAUUCGAUCCUCCACGGGGAGGACAUCACGAGGACCAAGAAUGCUUCACCAAUCGUCAUUCCACCACUCACUCCAGCCGAUACGCCGUUGACUCCUGAAGAGUCAAUCAGCCAGAUCAUCGGGGUCACAAGUUCUUGGAUCGACCUAAGCUCUCCAGACCCUAUUAUUGCAGAUGUAUCGCGACAGGUUCUCAAACUAGAGCUGGCAUAUGCUGCUUUCUGCGGUGUCACUUAUGUUGUCAUUCCUGGUCCACGUCUACGAGGUCAAGGAGCUGUCGACAGUGGAAUCGCAGAAUUUGCCCGAGCAAUCUUGGAUGGAAUUAGCCAAGGCCCAUACAUGCAGCUUUAUAUUUGGUUCCCCCUUAUCGACAACGCAGACGACCAGGAAGACGAAAUGGGCGAUCUAGCCCCGUUUGCGCGUCAGCAAUUCUCCGAUCCCGAUGAAUCAAAGUCAAAGAGACUAGAUGUUUUUGGUUCAUGGGAGGCUUGGGACAUGAUUAGAUCGAUAUGUAAAUAUCCGUCUAGAUUGUGUAUAGCACUGUCUUUACCCAAACUCCUUCCACCGACUCCUAUUCAGUCACGCUGGUAUUCGGAACCAGUACGAUUGAUCACCUUGGACUCAAAAAUCUUUUCCAAGAAUGCCAAAGGGUAUCCAGUUCUCUCUCGAGCUCACCAGUCAUUCAUAAGCAGUUUCUCUACAUUACGCACACCCCCGUGGUUCCUGCUUUGCAAUACCGGACCCAUUGUUGUUAAUUCCAACGGCGUUGCCCCGACCACUGGAUCGUUUCCACCUCUAUCUGAAGCAGUCGAAACUCCGCAUAUCAAAGACCCCACGCCUCACCUGUCAUACAUGCGUAAUCUGCAGAACAAGCAACCUGUUCCAGAUGCUCUCUCCAUUUUCAGCGCCGGAUACCAAGACUAUCUUCAAGCACCCCUCCAACCCUUGACCGUCAAUCUGGAAAGCAUCACGUACGAGGUCUUUGAGAAAGACCCCGUCAAGUAUGCUUGGUACGAACGGGCCAUUGCCCGCGCCCUCCACGAUUGGAUCGAGCAAGGUAAGCCCACCUCCAAUCCGGACGGUCGGGUUGUGGUGGCUGUCGUCGGAGCCGGCCGCGGUCCUCUCGUCACCCGAGCCCUCAAAGCCAGCGAGGAGGUCGGCGUCGAGAUUGACAUGUGGGCGCUCGAGAAGAAUCCCAACGCCUAUGUACUGCUCCAAAGACACAAUGCCACGACAUGGAACAAUAAGGUCAACCUGGUCAAAUCCGACAUGAGAACAUGGAGAGGUCCGGUUCGUGGCGCAAACACUCCAUUCAGGUCCCGCACUUACAACCAGGAGCCAAAGGAAGAUGGAAUGGACGGUGGUGUGCCCUCCACCGGCGCCACCACUGCAGCUUCCGCUCGAGAAUCCUACACCGGUUCUCCAUCUCUUGACUCGACCUACCUUCUUGCGACAGCCGCUGCAGGCUCGUCAUCGACACCCUACAAGAUCGACAUCCUGAUCUCCGAGCUCCUAGGUUCUUUCGCAGACAAUGAACUCUCCCCUGAAUGUCUCGACGGUGUUCAACACCUCGUGAACCCUGUCCACGGCAUUUCGAUUCCCGCAUCGUACACAGCCCACAUAACACCCAUCGCCACGCCAAAGCUUCACGCCGACAUCAUGCACGGCAUGACACCCACGAACCCCAGCGCCCCCGAGACCCCUUACGUCGUCAUGUUCAACGCCAUAGAUCAUCUGAGCACCAUGACCCCGGAAUCUCAAGGUCCCUCAAGCUCGAGCCCUCACCCUCCGUCAGAACCCACGCGAACUUCGUCAACGACCCAACAACAACAACAACAUCAUCAUCAACAUCAACAACCACCACCACGACCGAUGCCUUAUUCCAAAGCACAUACGCGAUCUUCACAACCUCCACUGUCCCUGUCCCAGUCACAAACGACUCCACCGACCCCACCGACGCCCAUAAUCGGCACGACAUGGUCAUUCCAACAUCCCAACCCAUCUCUUCCAACUCCAACUGGAGACGGUGCUCUGAGCAACGCACACAACGCUCGCAGUUCGACCCUCACCUUUCCCAUCCCCAACCGUGGUACGUGUCACGGUUUGGCGGGGUAUUUUGAAACGGUCCUCUACAAGGGUGUCGAAUUGUCAACCAAUCCAAAUACAAUGGAUGCCAAGAGUGAAGGAAUGAUAAGUUGGUUUCCCAUAUUUUUUCCACUCAAGACACCAUUGACGGUCCCCGACAAGUCCGAACUGACAGUCACGAUGCACCGUCGAACGGACGACCGCAAGGUUUGGUACGAAUGGUUGAUCGACGUUUACGUUUAUCUUCCUGACCCGAAUCGCGCCACUCUUGCGACGGCGGCGGCGGCGCCUGGGUCACGCAGGCCCAAUACGUCGAGAGGUCAAAAGGUUCGAGUCGGCGGAAGUGAAUUACACUCGUCCGAAAAGGAGGCGUGCUUGAUGUGAGGUAAAACCCCGGAAGCGAACGAAAAAAAGAGACAUGUCGUUAGGAAAACGUGAGUCUACAUGUCUGUCUGUAUGUUUGUUUUGGUGGGUUUCUCCUUCCAAGGGCUUUCCUAGAAAGGCCUCUCCCCGAGCUGUUCUAGUUACUUCGAUGACUUGGUUUUCACAUGCAUGAUUGGGGACCAAAGAAUUUUUCCCCUUUCCCCAUUCAAGGACAUUGAAAUACAGAAUCAAACCUCACACACACAGACACACACACAUGUAAACUUGUUGUUGUUGUUGUUAGGGCAAAAGAGGAGUAACAAUAUCAUGAUGAAUCCUAGGGAAUCGUAUGUACGUCCUGACAUGUAUGUACAAAUAUACACCCUCUCACACUCUGUACCGAGUUUACGGGUGUCCUUGAUUGGCAACAAUGGAUCACCUUUUUUUCAACGU